CUGGGGAUUGUACUUGAAGACUCAAAAGGAGCACUUUACCGUUUCACCCUGCAGCGUUGAAAGAAAGACUUCAACCAUCUGACUUCUUUUUUUUUUUGGUCCUUUCGAGAGCGGAUCCCGCUUGCAGAAAACAGACAUUCAAGGACUCUUUCAUUGGCUCGUGCGUAAAGACACUUGCUCUCCCAAUCUGUUUUACGCACAGGAGCUUGAAAAAAAUCCGCUUUUUUGAAAAACUUGCAUCAAACUCAUCCUGGCAACUUAAAGUUAAUUUAGAGGCUUUUACUCUCGCGGGAAAGCAGACAGACAUUACCCACCCGUUUCACGCGUAAUUUGGCACCAAACGGUUGUUCGUAUGAAUCUCCUCGACCCUUACCUGAAGAUGACGGAGGAACAAGACAAGUGUCUCUCUGAUGCCCCGAGCCCGAGCAUGUCCGAGGACUCCGCGGGCUCCCCGUGCCCGUCCGGCUCGGGCUCGGACACCGAGAACACCCGGCCGUCGGAGAACGGGCUGCUCAGAGCGGACGGAGAAUUCAAGAAGGACGAGGAAGAUAAGUUCCCCGCUUGCAUCCGCGAGGCUGUGUCCCAGGUGCUCAAAGGUUACGACUGGACCCUCGUCCCUAUGCCAGUGCGCGUUAACGGAUCCUCUAAGAACAAGCCUCACGUUAAGAGACCGAUGAAUGCGUUCAUGGUGUGGGCUCAGGCUGCGCGGAGGAAGCUGGCGGAUCAAUACCCACACCUGCAUAACGCGGAGCUCAGCAAAACUCUGGGGAAACUUUGGAGACUUCUCAAUGAAGGAGAGAAGCGACCGUUUGUGGAGGAGGCUGAGCGGCUCCGCGUGCAGCACAAGAAGGAUCACCCUGACUAUAAAUACCAGCCCAGGCGGAGGAAGGCGGUGAAAAACGGACAGAGCGAGUCGGAGGACGGCAGCGAGCAGACCCACAUUUCCCCCAAUGCCAUCUUCAAAGCCCUUCAGCAGGCGGACUCUCCCGCCUCCAGCAUGGGAGAGGUGCACUCUCCUAGCGAGCACUCAGGCUCCCAGGGGCCCCCUACUCCUCCCACUACCCCAAAGACUGAUGUCAGCUCAGGCAAGAUGGACCUUAAGCGGGAAGGUGGCCUUCGCUCUCUGCCCGACGGCCCCGGCGGGCGUCAGCUGAACAUCGACUUCCGUGAUGUUGACAUCGGGGAGCUGAGCAGUGAUGUCAUAUCCCACAUUGAAACCUUUGACGUCAACGAGUUUGACCAGUACCUGCCGCCUAACGGCCACCCUGGCUCCGCAGCUGGUCCGGGCAACACCACGCCCGUCAGCUACACCGCCAGCUACAGCAUCAGCAGCGGCGCCCCGGUGAGCCCGCAGGCGGGAGGCAUCGCAGCCUGGAUGGCUAAAAGCCAGAACCAGCAGGGGCAGCAGCAGCUCACCCUGACCACCCUGGGCAGCGGCGGCAGCAGCAGCAGCUCAGAGGCGGCUCAGGCCCAGCACAGGACCCAGAUCAAGACAGAGCAGCUGAGCCCCAGUCACUACAGCGAGCAGCAGGGCUCCCCGCAGCACGUCGCCUUCAGCCCCUUCAACCUGCAGCACUACAGCCCCUCCUCCUCCUACCCCGUCAUCUCCAGGGCGCAGCAGUACGACUACUCCGACCACCAGGUGGGGAGCACCGCCGCCGCCUCCUAUUACAGCCACGCAGGGGCGGGGGCGGGGCAAGGCUCUGGGCUCUUCUCGACUUUCAGCUACAGCCAGAGGCCCAUGUACACGCCCAUUGCCGACAACUCGGGGGUGCCCUCCAUCCCCCAGAGCAGCCCGCAGCACUGGGAGCAGGCUCCGGUUUACACCCAGCUCACGAGACCCUGAGCUGCCCUGCAGACUGAGAGACUCACAAACACAAUGCGAUGUACAGCUGCACACAUUAACAUACACACAUUCUCCAAAACACUUUACUCCAGGGAGAGCUCUGCCUCCAGAGCGACUCCCUGAAUCAGACACUUGAAAUGGAAGAAAGGGAGAGCUGGACUUGUGAUUGGCUCACGCCGUGCCUUGCUAUUGUAUCUUGAUAGAAACUAUAUAUAUUUUUAGAGAGAUGAAGAAACCUAGGAAAAUCCUCUGUGAGGACUUAUUGAUUGUUGAUAUUUCAGUAGGUACUGUGUAUGUUUCUUUUUGUGUGUGUUUUUUUUUUUCUUUAUACGCUGGCAGUUUGUAACCCACACAGGUGGGAUUGGGUGGGUUCAGGUCAUUAUUUGUACCUAUAAACAUUACACAAAAAAGCUUUAUAUUUGAAACCAAUCAGCACCUAACGUCCCACAGUUGUGCAGAAUGUGUUUCUCUUUAAGACUGAACUUUGCUUUUUUUUUUGUUGCUUCUCCUUUUCGUUGCCAUUCAACAAGUAUGGUUUGUGUUUCAGCUGUUUAUUUGUUUUCACGACUUAUGUGUCAUGAUCAUUGAAAAGCUGUUAGGCAAUACAGAGCAAGAGGGGGGAAAGUGUGUUUCACAAUUCUGUGUUGACAGAAGACGGGGGAGGGGGGAUUGGAGCCCUUUUUCACCAUCCGUGCCUUGUAUUUAAAAAAAAAACAUUUUCUCAACUCUUUUAAAUGUGCGUAUGCGUGUGUGAGAUUGCAAGUGUGCCGCAGCUGAGAUUACACUUAGCGUCCAACAGUGCAUGUUUGACAGCUCCAGGAAGUCACCUUUGACCCCUUUGGGUGUCCUCCUCCCCCCCCCCCAUGCCCAGCAGUCUCCCACCACGCUGGUGUCCAAUAUAUAUUCCCAUUACCCCCCUUUUCCCUUUUCAGUUGAAAACUUUAUUUAUUUAUUAGCCUUAAUUUUAUUUCAAAGUAAUUAUUUUGCAUACUAAUCUUAUAACUAAUUAAUUGUGUUCUUUUGCAAUGUAGACAGCAUAUUUUUCCCCUCUUUUUUUUCAAAUUUGGAUUUUUUCAUCCCAGGGGGUACUUAGAAAAAAAAAAAUGGUACACGCUGUAAUCGUCUUUUUUGGGGUUUUAUUUAUCUUAUGUAAAUGUUUAUUUGAAGUAUGUAUUUGCCUUUCUCUGAGGAUGGAAGGAGACUAUCUAACUAAAUGUGUAUGGAUUAUUUGAUAUUUGUGAAUAUGCUUUGACUUGGACUUUAAAUUACGGCUGAAAGAACUGGAAUUUUUCUUAUCUCAGUUACAGUACAAGGUUUUUGUUUUUUUGACAGUUUUUCUGUUUGUGAGCGCACAAAGAGGCACCGUCCAUCUUUACCGCUCAACAAAACUCUGUUCCUUUUCUCUCACGUUAUCAAAGAACUGAAGUUCCAGUACUCCUUUUUCUCUCCUCCUUCUUUGAUCCUGACAUGUAUUUGUACUGUCUUUGAAAGAAACCUUUUUGUAUGUGUAUUUGCAAUAAAAAAACAAAAAUUUGCCAUCAAA